CGGCAUUGGGGCAGGGGAAGCCAUGAACCUGCUGCCCAUGCUUUGGCUCUGGCGUUGCUGAGGCUUCUCGGGGCUUGAAGACAACAGUUUGCAGUUGCCCAUUCCCACUCACCCAUUCCCUUGUUUCCAGCUCUGACUGUUUACGAGGAACAGAAAGCAUGGAGCAUUUUAUGCACACCCACUAAGGCAGAUGUGGUCAUCAGGUUAAUGCAGUGUAACAGAGGAAAAACAAGAGGCAGCAAGUGAGAGUGAGCCAGUCCCAUGGAUGUUCAGUCUGGCCACGGGGAUGCUCCAACCCGGCUGCCUCUGAAGGUGGCCCAGGGCUCCGUGCCUUCACCAGGAGAUGUGUCCCACAACCAAGGGAUGGCAUUGGUGGUCUCAGAGCCUUUGCACGUGUCUCUCUGCAGUGUGAGGUUACCUCUGUAAAUGACCAGAGCAGGGAAAAACACCCCUUAGUAGCUGAGAGGUGAGGCAAGGCCGAGGUAAGGAGAGAGUGGGUCGGUUUCAACAGAAGGGUGAGGAAGCAGGACAGGAGCGUACUGCAGCGCCGCCACAGCAACUCCCCGGAGCCAUGUCCCCAGUGCCCAGUGGGACCUGCCUGCACUGUGCUUCACGUGAGCUUAGGUCUGUUCUGGGGACUUCUCGUUGCCUUUAGUGACAGACUGAUCACCAAGGGGCACCAACUGGGUGCAGCAGAAGGUCCUGCGGCACAUGCAGGGUGCUGUGGCAGUGCAUGCCACCUAUCCACUGCCCCUGCAGGCCACUUGCCACCGCAGCCCCUGGGUCACCUGCCCUGCUGCUGUUUCACCUGUCCCAGGGGGUGGCAGGGGGUCCCCUGCCACUCUGCCAUGGCACUUGGUUCAAGUUGUGCCUGCAGCCGCUGCUUCAGGAAACAAAACAUUUCCUCUGCUCCCAGGUUCCGGCUGCCUGACAUGUUUGCAGAUGGCAGAACUGCUCCAGCUCGCCAGGCCUCUCCCCUUUGCACCCAGCCUGGCACCCUAGAGCUGGGGACAGAUGGACAGCGUGCCGCAGGAUGAGCCGUGCACUGAGACUGCUCCUGUCCCUGGCUGGUUGCACCCUGCUCGGGGGAGCUUUGUUACCUCCGCGGGAUGUGAAGCUGGAGGCACAGAACUUCCAUGUGCGCCUGCGGUGGGAGCCGGACCCCGGGGCUGCAUUCCAGGCCACGUUCCAGGUGGAGUGGAGGAGGAGAACCUCCCAAUGGAUCGAUGCAGGUGCCUGCUGGGGGAACAGCACCGGCCCCUCCUGGGUGUGUGAGCUGUAUUUUGACAAGAUCCAUGACAUCUACUGGGCACGGGUGAGAGCAGUAGCUGGAGGCGAGCAUUCUGAGUGGGCCUACUCCCGUGAGCUUCAGCUCUACAGAGACACCAUUGUGGGACCCCCCAGGUUGUCCUGGCUGCUCCAGGGUGACAUCCUCACUGUCAAUAUCAUCAUGCCACUCACUCCCUAUCGAAGGAAAGCCGGCUCCCAGAAGCCGGUUGACCGAGUGCUGCUGAAGCUGUGGUAUUGGCUGCGCCUGUACGAAGGGGACAUGCUGGUCCAGCAGGUGCCCUGUAGGCGGAGCAGGGAGGAAGCUCCAUGCACCUUCAGAGACCUGAAGCCCAGCACACAGUACUGCCUCCGGACGGUGGCCGCAGACAUGUCCCGGGAGCGGAGCCGUGAGGCUGAGCAGUGCAUGAUAACUGCCACGGGCACCGCAGGCUUUCCCUGGGUCCUCCUCGUUGUCCUGAGUGGCAUCUUCCUGCUGCUGACUGUGUCCGGCCUCUGCUUCCUCCUGCGGCUUCUCUUCCCCAGCCCCUUGGAGACCCACCUCCCGAAAACACUUGGUUUCCUGAACAGGGAGCUGAGUGUGACCUUUAGGACUCCCACCCUCGAGCUCCAGCAGGACUCUGUCGCCCUGCUCCUGCUGCCCAUUCCCUGCUCCCAUGGGCCACCUGCAGCUGAGCAGACACCCGCAGCCCAGCAGCUCCUCACGGAAAGCCUUUCCCAGAACACGAGUGGCUAUUGUGCCAACGGGUUUGGGCCGGACUGCUGGGAGGGAAGGGACCCAUCCUGUGUCUUGCAUCCUGCGCUGGGGCAGGUCUUGGGCUGCCAGGUCUCCCUGCCGCUGAAGGAGGAUGAGACAAGUAGUGGUGAUGUGCUGGAGCGGCCGGUGCCAGUGGGACUGGCAGGAGACGGCUACACAGGUGACAGGGAAUACCAGACAUCCAAGACAUGGCUCUCCCUGCACCUCCAGCUCUGUUCUAAAUGCCAGUUCCAAGCCCCUGUAGCAGGCAGCUGCCUUCACCUGCCCACACCAGGCAGGAGCCCCAGCCCAGAGGACGAGUGGGAGAGGCUUGGCCUGGCAGGCUGCUGGGUACCGCUCAGCUCCGUGAAGCUGCCGGCCAGUGAGGAGGAGGAGGAGGAUGGGGGGCAGUUCGCCUCCACCCGCCAGCCCCUGCGUGGCUGUGGGGCUGCUCGGCAGGCAGGUGACGGCAGCGGGCAGGAGGGUGCCCCGGAGCAGGCAGCGCCGGGUGCACCCAGCCCCUGCCUGCCACGAGCCGCUGUCUGUGGCUACGAGCCGCGUCCCCCGGCUGCCUGGGAGCUGUAGCAGCUGUGUCUCUGGUCACGGCAUCCGUAGAGCUCGAGGUGGCUCCAGGAGCUGCCCCAGCCACGAUGGUGCGAGCUCAGACCUGCCUGUGCCUGCAGGGCCAGAGCCGCGGCAGCUCCCGGGGCAGGCACAGGCUGCCAUGAGCUGGCGACAUCGGGAUCUACAGGGCUGCCCCCUGUGGUUUUGGUGCUCCUGAACCAAAGCAUGAGGAAUACAUCCCAAAGCUGAAGCUCGAGACUUUUAUUUAUCCAUCUACAUGUGUGUAUGUGUGUGUACGGUAUAUAUACCAGUGCAGAUUUAUGUAUUUACUCACAUAGAAACUUCUACUGAGAGAGUAGGUCUUUUAUUUUCUUGUCUGAAAAUCCUGACUGUGCACUGGAGCUGGCUUUUAAAUAACACUAAUUUGCUACGGAAAACUGGCUCCCCUCCUUGUUCUUGGUGUGUUACAGAACCACCACUGCCCUGCCUGAGAAGCAUCUGGGAGAGGCACCAAGAGUAUUUUGGGGUUUCCCUGGGAGAAAACUGCACCUGCAGCUGCUCUGCGUGCGGCUGUUUUGUGGGAAAAGGCUGGAUCUCCAGCUGUAAACUGCUGGGCUGGUUUCUGAUCCUGCCUGCCAGCACUGGGACAGGUUUCUUCUGAGAAGCCCUGCCCUGCUGUUGUCUCAGG